GUUCUUCAACAAAGAUUUCUACCAACAUUGGUCAGUUUACUGGAAGUCCCACAAGAGAAAGUUCCUUCCGGUAUAAGAGCAGUAAGUAACACAGUAUAAUCCUCGCAUAACCUUUAUUUCAUCACAGCGAUGUAGAAGAUUGAGCUCAUGGGCACAAAGGAGAGAUAUUAUACCUCAUCUGUGUCAUGGGGGAGGCUUGGCGGGGCUGAGUUUUAUGUCGAUUUGAGGGGCAAAGCUCCCAACAUUUUUCAGAUUGCAUAAUCAUAACCUGGAAAAUUAUUUGCAAGUGUAACUAGUUCAAACGAUACGGUAAUGCUUUCAGUAAUCUGUAACUGAUUACUAUGGUCCCACCAUUAGAUCAUUUAUGCGGCUGCAACAUAGCGUCCUAUUUUGGAAUCAUUUCAAGUUAAGUCCUUUCUUGAUUUAAAAAUUAAUUGAAGAAGUGCUAGAACCAGAAAUCAAUGUUGGAACAUCCCUCCAGCAAGCCCCCCUUGUUUAGAGCUUCCCUUGUUAGCAUAUUAGUUCUACGCCAUUGCUUCAUCAUUAUCACCAAUUGACUAUAUAUUUAUUCUGGGUUUGUUUUACCAGGUUGCGUUGGACAUUCUAUGUCAUAUGAUUCGCGGUAGCCCUCAGGUGUUGUCAGAUGCUCUUAUUAAUAAUGUAUUUCCGCCUUUGGUCGCUUUUAUUUUGGGUUCAGACGACAACGCUAUACUACAGGUACCGUGUGGAAAGUACAGUACAAUGCAGUAAAGUCUAAUUCAGUACAAUGCAGUAAUGUCUAAUACAGUACAGUACAGUAUAAUGCAAUACAGUAAUGUCUUGUUCAGAACAAUGCAGUGUAGUACAGUACAGUACAGUACAGUACAGUACAGUACAGUACAGUACAGUACAGUACAGUACAUUUCACUACAGUGCAGUACAGUUCAGUUGUACAUCGCUCAAUAGUCCUUAUGCAUAAUGACGUCACAAGGCGUGUGGACGUCUGGUCUUAGUAGUCACGAAUGCGAGUGUGCUGCUGUUCUUUGUCGUCUUUUAGAGGCUGUUUUAGCCAAUGAAGACCCUAUUUCUUUUCAGAACUCUUGCAACGGUCUUAAGAGGUUUGACAGCCCUAAAAGUAACGGCAACAGUCCACUUUCAUCGACCAGUACGACCAGUUUUAUUACGUGUUGUGUUCCUGGUUGUUUUACCAACAAUAAAAAGAAACCCGAACUGUAUUCUGUUAUAUAUAAAGGAGUUAAUAUUCUGUGCUCUUAUUGGUGUACGCUUUGGAACAUUCAAAUAUUGCAGGUGGUUUGGUUUUACACACUCUAUGGUCUGUUAUUGGAGAGAAAUCUUUGCAGUCAAUUAAAAUUAUCCACUUCUUGCUACUAAGACCAGAAUUCCAAGCGCGCAUCACGCCUUGUGACGUCAUUUAGGAUUACGUCUGUUGUUGUAUCUGCUUGUUGCAUAUACGUACAUACUGUACAUCUCAACCAUUGCCUAUUGUUGUAUUUAGAGUGGUGGAGAAUGCAUUCGUGCCUUCGUCUCUAAAGGUUCAGAUCAGCUUGUUAAUUGGUAAAGUCAUAUUACUCUGUAAAACCUAUAUAGAAGUUUCCUUAUGCGUGGUAAUUUUGUGCCCCUUUGCAUUUUUCAAAAUCAUUACUGAAUGCGAACACAAAUAACAUUAACAAUGAAUUAAUUAUGUAUUUUCAAUAUAUUUAUCAUAUUAAAAACAACAUGAUAAUAUAAUGUCUGUUUCAGGCACGACAGUUCAUCUAAUAGUGGUAUUGCUUACGUAGUUCAAGUCAUAUCACAUUUACUUCAUCCUAAUAUUUCCGAAUAUGCUUCAGUAUUUGUUGGAAAACUUAUAAUAAUUCUAGUCAAGAAG